GCCGUUGAGCGGGGGGGGCGGAGCCCGUGCCCGGUGCUCGGGGCCCAUUCGGGGCCGAAUCCUGCGCCAUGGCCGGGGCCCGCUGGGCGCUGCUGGUGCUGAGCGUGGCGGCCGCCGCCGGGAGCGGCAAUGCCGGGGAGCGGCUUCACGUCUGCAAGGAGUCCGAGUACCACUACGAGUACACGGCGUGUGACAGCGCGGGCUCGCGGUGGCGGGUGGCGGUACCGCACACACCGGGGCUCUGCACCGGGCUGCCGGACCCCGUCAGGGGCACCGAGUGCUCGUUCUCCUGCAGGGCAGGCGAGUUCCUGGACAUGAAGGCGCAGCGGUGCCGGCCCUGUGCCGAGGGCACCUACUCCUUGGGUACCGGCGUCCGCUUCGACGAGUGGGAUGAGGUGCCCCACGGCUUCGCCAGCGUCGCCACCAGCCUGGACAGCGAUGACGGCUUUGGGGACGCGGUGGAGAACUGCACGGGGUCAACGUGGGUGCCGCUGGGGGACUACGUGGCCUCCAACACGGAUGAGUGCACGGCCACGCUCAUGUACGCCGUCAACCUCAAGCAGUCGGGGACUGUGUCCUUCGAGUACCUCUACCCCGACAGCAGCAUCGUCUUUGAGUUCUUUGUGCAGAACGACCAGUGCCAGGCCACGGUGGAGGAGUCGCGCUGGAUGCGGACGACGGAGAAGGGUUGGGAAUUCCAUAGCGUGGAGCUGAGCCGCGGGAACAACGUCCUCUUCUGGCGCACCACGGCCUUCUCCGUGUGGUCCAAGGUGCCCAAGCCGGUGCUGGUGAGGAACAUCGGCAUCACCGGGGUGGCCUUCACCUCCGAGUGCUUCCCUUGCAAACCCGGCACCUUCGCGGCCGCCGCCGGCUCCUCCUCCUGCCAGCCCUGCCCCGCCGACACCUCCUCGGGCAAAGGGGCCACCUCCUGCCAGCCCUGCGAGCCCGGCAGCUACGCGGAGCCCGGCUCAGCCUCCUGCAAGCCGCGGCCGCCCUGCACGGACAAGGAUUACUUCUACACUCACUCUGCGUGCGAUGAGCACGGGGAGACGCAGUUGAUGUUCAAAUGGGCUGAACCCAAGGUGUGCAGCGAGGAGCUCCCGCAGGCGGCCAAGCUGCCGCCGUCGGGGGGCCGGACCCGGUGCCCCCCCUGCAAUCCCGGCUUCGCUGCCGUCAACGGCUCCGCCUGCCAGCCCUGCCCGCUGGGUUCCUACUCCAACGGCUCCGGCUGCCUGAGCUGCCCCGCGGGCACGGAGCCGGUGCUGGGGCUGGAGUACAAGUGGUGGAACGUGCUGCCCCCCAACAUGGAGACCACGGUGCUGAGCGGCAUCAACUUCGAGUACAAGGGGAUCGCAGGCUGGGAGGUGGCCGGGGACUACAUCUACACGGCAGCCGGAGCCUCCGACAACGACUUCAUGAUCCUCACGUUGGUGGUGCCCGGCUUCAGCCCCCCAAGCCCGGUGCUGGAGGAUGCGGAGAGCAAGGAGGUGGCCAGGAUCACCUUUGUCUUUGAGAUGAUCUGCAGCGUGAACUGCGAGCUCUACUUCAUGGUGGGCAUCAACUCCCACACCAACACCCCGGUGGAGACGUGGACGGGCCCGCGGGGGAAGCAGUCCUACACGUACGUGGUGGAGAAGAACGCGAGCAUGAGCUUCACGUGGGCUUUCCAGCGCACCCCGUACCACGAGGAGGGCCGGCGCUACACCAGCGACGUGGCCAAGCUCUACUCCAUCAACGUCACCAACGUCCUCGGGGGGGUGGCUUCCUUCUGCCGGCGCUGCGGCCCCCAGGCCGCGGGGUCCUGCACCCCCUGCCCCCCCGGGCACGUCAUGGAGCAUGGGGCGGGCGCCUGCCGGCCCUGCCCCCCCGGCACCUACCUGCGGGGUCACCCCUCCGAUGGGCUCCCCGCCUGCCACCCCUGCGGGCCCGGCACCUACAGCAACCAGCUCCGCUCGCUCUGUUUCAACAACUGCUCGGCCGCGCUGCCGCUGCGGGGCCGCCUCCUCCGUCAGUUCCCCAAGAUGGCGGCGGCCGCGGGGCUCAGCACGGGCCCGGCCUUCACACACCGCGGGCGGAGAUACACACAUCACUUCCGGGUCAGCCUCUGCGGGCCGCAGGGCCGGAAGGCGGCCGCCUGCAGUGACAACGUGACGGAGGCGCGGCGCCGCGUGGUCACGGGUUACGUGUGCCAGGCCACGCUCGUGCCCCCCGACCGCCCCCACCGCCAGGGCCCCAUCUCCUCCCAGCCCAUCAGCCUCGGGGACCGCAUCCUGGGUGAGCGCCAGGGACCCCAUCCCCAGGGACCCCAUCCUCAGGGACCCCCAUCGCCAUGGACCCCAUCCCCAGGGACCCCAUCCCCGGGGAGCCCAUCCCCAGG